AAAAACCCAAAUCAAGACUCGUCACUGUAUUUCUCUUCCACGUUCAGCGACAAGCCAGCUUCUCUGUAAAGGAAAUCAAUUUAGGCGCAAGCUGCGGACACGUCAGGCGUCACUGGAGCUUAAUACGACGCCGCUUAGUUUGCAUAGGAAGUUCCAUUUAAUUUUUGCCAGCUGCAAAAAGUAAAAGGCGAAAAGAAAAAGAGUGUUGGGGGAGAGGGGAAGCCAACGCUAGGCGAAGCCAUGAAAAAGAUGGCAGGUUUGGCGUCGGCAGACUGGCAGUGGGAAAACGCCACCGCCGGCGCCGUGGCUGGCCUCGCCACCGUCACUUUCUCUCAUCCCCUUGACGUUGUUCGUACCAGGUUCCAAGUUUACGAUGGAAGAAUCUCGAACGUCCCGGCUUAUAGGAACACUCCUCAAGCUUUAUUUACCAUUGCUCGAACUGAGGGUCUUAGAGGACUUUAUGCUGGCUUUUACCCUGCUGUUCUUGGGUCAACUAUUUCAUGGGGUUUAUAUUUCUUCUUCUAUAGCAAGGCUAAGCAAAGGUAUCUGAGAAGCAGGGAGGAGCUGAGUCCCGGCCUUCAUCUUGCUUCAGCUGCAGAAGCAGGAGCUCUGGUCAGUUUGUGUACCAACCCUCUUUGGCUUGUGAAAACAAGAUUGCAACUUCAGACUCCUAAUCAGAUUCAUCCAUACACCGGGUUUCAUGGUUUGCUUCACUCUUAUGCUGUAAGAACCAUAAUGAAAGAAGAAGGAUGGAGGGCACUUUAUAAGGGGCUUAUGCCAGGCCUAUUUCUGCAGGUUACACAUGGCGCUAUUCAGUUCACAGCAUAUGAAGAAUUUCGUAAAGUUCUUGUUAGCUCGAAAGCUCAGGAACAUGAAAACACUCUUGCCUCAGCUGCUGACUUGUUGGAUUCAGUUGACUAUGCAACACUAGGAGCUUCUUCCAAGCUGGCAGCAAUUCUCACAACAUACCCAUUUCAGGUUGUACGAUCUCGAUUGCAGCAACGACCAAGUACAACUGGAGUUCCGAGAUACAUGGAUAGCUGGCAUGUUGUGAAGGAAACUGCAAGGUUUGAGGGCAUACAAGGCUUCUACAGAGGUAUCACCGCGAACAUGCUGAAAAAUGUCCCUGCAGCUUCCAUUACGUUCAUCGUCUAUGAGAACGUACUAAACCUGCUAAAAUUGUCUAGGAGAGAGUAUUAGCUCUUUUACCUCCCGUUCUUGUUGUAGCAUUAGGAUUCUACACUAGUGAAAUAUUUUGGGAAAAAGGUAUACUCAGAUUUGAGAGGAGUACCAAUAGAUUCAUGAUACCACUUUACUGGUAGGCGCACUUGUAUAAUAUUUAGAGUCUUUGUAAUUUAUCAGAAAAGAAAUAAUCUUCAGUCUUUGUUCAAGUACCCACGAGACUGCUGCUGUAGCAAGAAUAAUAGCAGAUCUAUGCUUUGACAUUCAAUAAUACUGAUCUUUGUUACUUAAAUGCAUGUUCGUGGUUGUUUGAAAGGGA